UCUCCUCAUUUCUGUCAACACCGUGAUUAAAACCAGGAUAUUGUUCGAUCCAGCUGCUUUGCUGGUUUUUUUCAACACAGAUUCUGAUACAGGACUGAGCCGCCGCCAUGGACUGGGGGACACUGCACACGUUCAUCGGGGGCGUCAACAAACACUCCACCAGCAUCGGGAAGGUGUGGAUCACGGUCAUCUUCAUCUUCCGGGUCAUGAUCCUCGUGGUGGCUGCUCAAGAAGUCUGGGGGGAUGAGCAGGAGGACUUCGUCUGCAACACUCUGCAGCCAGGCUGCAAAAACGUGUGUUACGACCACUUCUUCCCCGUGUCCCACAUCCGCCUGUGGGCGCUGCAGCUCAUCUUCGUGUCCACGCCCGCCCUGCUGGUCGCCAUGCACGUCACCUACCACCGACACGAGACUAUGCGCAAGUUCCGGCGAGGCGAAAAGAGGAAUGAAUUCAAAGACAUCGAAGACAUUAAAAGUCAAAAGGUUCGGAUAGAGGGGUCCCUGUGGUGGACAUACACCUGCAGCAUUUUUUUCAGGAUCAUCUUCGAAGCCUGCUUCAUGUACGUGUUCUACUUCCUGUACAACGGGUACCACCUGCCCUGGGUGUUGAAAUGCGGCAUCAACCCCUGCCCCAAUCUGGUGGACUGCUUCAUUUCCCGGCCCACGGAAAAGACGGUGUUCACGAUCUUCAUGAUUUCUGCAUCUGUCAUCUGCAUGCUGCUCAAUGUGGCCAAGCUGUGCUACCUGCUGCUGAAGGUGUGUUUUAGACGAGCGAAGAGAGCCAAGGCGCAGAGGAGUCAACCCAACCACUCUCACAAGGAGAGUAAGCAAAAUGAAGUGAAUGAGCUGAUUUCAGAUAGCGGGCAAAAUGCCAUCACUGGCUUCCCAAGUUAGACAUUUCAAAUGUGGCUGAUUUAUCACAAAAUGUGUCUUCUGCCGGAAAGCCAUGCCGACAUCCAUUACCCUCCCUCUCCUCUCUAGCCUGGAAGAGUGUCUUUCUGUUCAUGGGUGACUUUCAUAAUGCGUACGGUAGAUACUUGAAUGAACUCGUCUGUAGAAUCACUGUGCCUUGAACCUAACCCGGGGUCCAUCUCUGAAAACUAAAAGAGUGGUUGACAGUUAUGUCUACUGAGUUCAAGGGGAAUGUCUGACCUACUGGGUGUUCCCUGAAAAGUUCAGUGUGUAACUGUUAUUGCUAAAGAACCUUUGAUCUAGCAACUGCUACUUCUAUUAGUAAAAGAUAUUUUUGUAGGCUCGAAUGUUUUAGCUCUGACUUGGAAUUUGUAUAAAGUAUUUUUUAUAACGACUGGUCUUCCUUACCUGGACGAUGUUAGUGAUAGAUGACGUCAGUUCAGAAGCGUCUGAGUGUUGAACUUACAGAAGGUCUCUCUUGUUGUCUAUACUGGUUUACAUAGUUUGUUGGCAAAUUAAUGAACUAUCAUGAUACUCUGAUGGAGGAAAGUGUUCACUGUAGAGUAUAUUUUUACGGCUUUCUUGAUGUCGAUGCAGCCGUAUGGGAGUGGAAAGCUUUUUAAACUAGCCUAUUUGUCAAUUGUGGAAAAAUUGACACAUGAAUGUGAUUGCCUGGAUAAAAAUAAACCCUAGUCCUUAAGCCUUA